AUGGCAGAGGUCUCGAACCAACGCAGCAGCGAAAACUUGAAACGAAAACGCAAACACAGUCGAAACCCGCAUUCAAAGGAUUGGAAUAAAAAGAAAAAAAUUGAACCUGGAAAGGGAAACCGAGAAGUGAAAAAAACGCAGAUUAUCCAACCUCAAUUACCAAAAACCACCACAGAAAUAUCGUCUAACUGGAAGGCUUUGCAAGCGGUGAGCAUUGAGCGAGACUCUUUUAAUCCUCUGAUUGUCAAAAUCUAAGCGUUGAUUAACCUUAAUUACCGUAAAACUCUUUCUUGUCUGUUACCUUUGAUAUCCUAGUCCCAUGCCACGUGUUAAUGAAUUUCUUUUAUAACCUCUUUGGAUGAUCGACUGCCAAGCACGUGGGGAAUUGAGCUCACACAGUACAGUGAUUGUCAAAUAGCACUUAGUCUUCGUUGCUAUAAGGAUCCUUCUUGAUAAUGGCGCGUAAAAUCAAGUGUUUUUCAAAUUUUUGUUGAAGAAACAUUCAUUUUUUGUGGCUAGUGCCUCCCAUUGGAGGCAAAACUACUUAUGCCGUUGAGAUGUGUGAUUGAGGGUAACAAUAGCAUUCCGAUUUUGACCUAAUUUUGAAUUUGUGUUUCCCGGUACUAGAAACUGUUUCUUUCAGAGAAUCUGAGUAGUUCGACAUUUGCACUUCAUACAAGGUUGAAUUCUCUUCUCUGUGACACUGCAGAAAUCAGCAUAAGAUGAUAAACAUUUCACAAUUAUUUCAGGAUAGUGCGCUGUUAACAAAAAAGUUUUCUUUGCAGAAAUAUCUUUAUAAGUAUGAACAACACAUCAUGAAAUCUAGAGGCAAAAUUUUUUUUCUUAGAAGAGAAAGCAUUUUACUGGUUAAAUCAUCAAAUUAUGUAGAUCUAAAGAUAUAAUAUUUCCAGUUCUUGCUGUGACAUCACAAAAGACAAUAAACAUCUCAAAAUAAUUCCACAGUGGCAUCCACCAAUGUAUAAUUAAAAUCAAAACUUUUUCUUGCAGAAACUUCUCAACAGAUAUAAUAUAUAUGUUAUGGAAGCUUGGAGGGAGAUUCUUUUCUUUAAAAAGAGAGCAUUUUACUGUUUGAAUCAGCGACUCAUGCCAAAAAGAGUUACUAAAUUUGACAAGCGAGGUAGCAGUGAAAUACAUACCUUGAGUUAUUCAGCAGAAUGAUUGAACAGUGGAACAGUAGAAAGGCAGAAUGUCUUAAAUCGAGGAAUGGCAGAAUAACCCAAAAAAACAGAAUGCCUGAAUGUAUGAAACAAAAGUCUCAAAAAAUGGGAAUUGCAAUAAAAUGAGAAAUUAUUUAUAAUUAACAGGGGAAAUUAAAAGAAGCAUAGGUAAUCAUUGUUGUAGCCCAAAGGAUAAUGGAACCAUGGGGGUUUUGAGCUAGCCCCCAUUAAAUUAUUAUUGUAUUGCUAUUCUUAUUAUUAUUAUUAUUAUUAUUGUUAAUAUUAUUAUUUGUUACUAUUAAACUCUUAGUUGAUUGUAACAUGUAAUUAGACAAUAUAUUCUUGAGUCAUCUUUCUCUUGUGGGACAGGGUAGUCAUUAAUAUGUGGGAUGCAGCAGGUUUUCUGUUUUACAUGUGAGACAAAUAUUCAGCAACACUACAUGUACCUUCUAGCGUCAUUAUGCAACCUCUACUUAUUUUCAAUGCUAUAAAAAUUGUGCUAUAUCAGUGGCCACAUGCAGUCUUUCACUGUCUCUAUUCAGCAUGUUAUUUCAAGAGAUUACAGCUGAUGGCUUCUAUAUCAUGUCAAUUUGUUAUCUAGUAUGAUGAUUUAUUUUAAAAAUAUUAGGCUUUGACAAUUGCGAUACAGGGUUAGUAAUUAUAGACUGACUUCAAAGAAUAUUUCAAUUCAGAGAAGGUAAAUUUUUAAAUACCAAAUGGCAUAUAAAGUAAGGUAAUCAUCAGUAGGCCAAAUCAAGUCUAUCUCAUGUGAUGUAUUAUCUUUUAGUUACUGGAGAAAGAAAAAAACGCCAAGGAAACCACUGGAGAUAAAAAAAGAAGACAGAAGAAAACAUUAAAGAGAACUCUGAAGCCAAAUCUUAAAUCAGAAAACACAGCAAGGUAAGAACUUUUCAUACAAAAGCUGUAUUACCUUGAAAAAAAUACCAAGUACAAAGAUGUGGAAGAAAAUAUUAGGAAACACUAUCAUUGUCAACCCUUUCAACUCCCUGGAUCUGAUUGGAAAUUCUCCUUUCUAUCUGUUGUACAUUUUCUUGUAUUAUAAGUUUAAAGAAUUAGGUAUUACAUCAUAGAAACACUCUGUAGAAAGAUGUGAUUAGACCUUGAGGUAACAGUUGAUUAUUUGGAGUGAUCAAAUGGGUUGCAAACCCUUUCAACUCCCUUGAUGUGCUUGGAAAUUCUCCUUUCCUCCCAUAGCAUAUUUCUUGCAUUUUUAAUAUACAGAAUUUGGUGUUACAUCAUAAUAACAUUCUCCAGAACAAGGUUGUGAAGUCCAGUGGUAACAGUUGAUUGUUAAUUAUUGAGAUCAGGAGCAUAUAUGUAAGAAUUGUGCCAUGGGCAGUUUGGGGAGUUACUUAUGAGGUCUUGGGAGUGACAAGGCUAUUUAGGCACAAACUAGAAGAAAACUCUCCAAGUUUUAUCUGUCAGUCACACAGUGUGUGUAAUUGUGAUGAUCUCUGUAUUUACAAUAAUUGUUUUUGUUGAAUUCAAGUUCAAGUGAAGUGUGGUUUGAUGAUGUGGAUCCUGAAGAUCUUGAGGAAAUUACUGGGAAAAAAACAAAGUCAAAGACAACAAUUGGAGAUCCACAUGAUGUGCUAGUAACUGGCAGUCUGGAAGGGUUAGUUAUGUUAUACUAACAGUUUUAUCUUGACUUGUAUGGAUAAAGAAAGUACCAUGCUGUACCCCAGUAGUAGUGUAAGGAAUGUACUUUGAAUUUUAAUUUGUUUCUUUAACCCUUUAACUCCCAUUAGUGACCAAGACAGAAUUUCUCCUUACAAUAUCAAUGCAAUAUCAAACAGAUACGUGAUGAGAAUUGAGAAAAAUUUCAAUUUGGGGAUAAUUAGUUGAUCCAAUACAUUAAGGAGAACUUCAAAUUUGAUCUGGGAGUUAAAGGGUUAACUGAAAUGCAUGUUCCAAAAUUGCCUCCAAAUCAGCAAAGGAAAUGAUUAUUUGAAGCAAUAAAGGAAAAAAUUAUUUUGUGUUAUCUCCUGUUGUAUAAUUAAUUUUUGCUACUCUAUAUUCUAUCACUUUGUUGCUAAAGAACUUUUUCACCAAAGAUCUUACACAUCGAGAAUGAAAUGCUAAGAGCAAAAUUUUUAAUGGGCACCUAACAUAAAUAGGCUUCUUUGCUUCCUACUUUUAAAGUGUUUCAACUUUAAUUUCGUAAAAUGCUGGAAUGGAGAUAGAAUAUGGAGAGACAUAAGAGCCCUUGACAUAACUUAACCCCCCCCCCUCUCUGUGGCAGGGGAUGUUUUAUACAUUUUGUGGUAUUCAUCAGCCACUAAUUUUAAAAUUAUGUGAUAGGAUAACAAAAAGGAUUGCACUGGACUGUGAAAUGGUUGGAGUUGGGUCUGAUGCUAAGAGGCACAUGUUGGCACGAGUAUCCAUCGUUAACUCACAUGGUCGCGUGGUCUAUGACUCGUUCGUGGCACCACAGGAGAAAGUGGUUGAUUACCGCACUCACGUCAGUGGAAUUAGACCUGAAAAUUUAAAAAAUGGUCAGUACUAGCUCACAUACUUAUUUUUGUGUACCAGAGUAAAUGUUCCUUGUUUUGAAACACUUCAUGUAGGCAACUGUCAUUAUUUAGGAUUCUAUUCCACAUUCUUACACAGGAUAUUACUGAGAUUCUGCCAAACCUCCUUCGCUUCUGUUUUUGUCAAUGAAAGGAAAUAAUAUUUAUGUUGAUUGGAAUGGAUGAACAGGAAAACAUUUGGCUCAAGGUCAUGUCAUGAACGAUGUAAAAUUAUCAAAGUGAUUGUUAUAAUGCAAAUGUUGUGAUUUUAAUAUACAUUUAUAUCCAGUUCAAAUUUUGUCUCUUCUUGUUUCAAACGCAUAAUCAUGCUUUAAGUGCUCCCUAUUAAAGAAUCAUGUUUAACAAGGAUUCAAUUCACAGUUCAUUGAAUAAAUAUUGAAAAAAAAACAUUGAUUGUGUAUAUAUUUAUGGCCUGUAGCUACUGAUCUUGUAAAUGUUUCUGCUUCUUUUGUGUAUCACAAUUUAUUGAGGAAUUGUUCUUUUCAUGUCAAGCUCCAGAAUUCAAGACAGUUCAACUUGAAGUUUCAAGAAUACUUAAAGAGAAAAUCCUUGUUGGACAUUCCUUGAAGAAUGACCUUGAGGUGAGUUUGGUAUAAGACUACAACUUGGUAGUGUCUUUAACCCUUCACACCUAAGCAUCAGUCUGUUUAUUCUCUAUACUGUUCUCCAUACAAUGCCAAAGGUACUGACAAGCAGAAUUUGUUUAACAUUCAAGAUCUUCACAGCUAAGAACACUACUGAACUAGUAGUUGAAAUAAGACCUGAAAAAAUUUUCAGGCCCGUAUGGGAUUUGAACCCAUGACCUCUGCAAUACCAGUGCAGUGCUCUACCAACUGGGCUAACAAGCCAUCUGGGAGCUGAACAAUAUGUUGGGUCCAAAUAAACCAUCCAAGUGAUGAAUAACACCGCAAUGCAAAUAUAUGAAUUUCAUAUAUCUAAAAUCAUCAUUCAAGAUCUCCUCAAGUUUGAGAUCAUUUCCUUUAUUCUUGCGAUCUUAACAGUGCUUUCAAUAAGAUUUGAAGUUGGUGGCUACCUCAGUAAAGUACUUCAUGAAUAAUAAUAUGAAAAGCAACUUUGCUCUUGCUAGCCUAUUAGUUCCAUUCAGAAUAAAAUGGCUUUAAACAGAGUUUUCUGUUUUGAAUUUUGGUAAAUGGUCAUUGAAUAUUAUUCUCCUGGUAACUUUUGUUUUACUGAUUGCUUACUUUUAAUCAAAAUCUUUUAUUUACUGACAUGCAAACCUGCUGCCUGAUUUUUUCACAAAAAGUCCUCUGAGAGGACAUAUGGUUACUGGUUACGGAAAUUUGAGUCUGUAUAUACUUGUAAACGCAAACAUAUAUUUUGGUGGAAAUGUGGUAUAUGGUGUGAUAAGACAACAACAAUAACUUUUAGCAGAACUUGUUUAUAAAGGUAACGGUCACUUGAAAGAAAUAAAAAAGCUCUUGAGGUGUUUUAGUUGGUGAGUUUGUUUGAAAGCUUCCAAAAUGUCACAGAAGGAUCCAGAAUGGUGGUAACUGUCUAACAUCAUAUAAUACUUAACACUUUCAGCAGGAAAUCUACAAAAAUAAUACCAGGUGAUAUCCUGUGUGCAUUAAAUUUCUGUAUGCACAUUUUCUCAAAUUUGAUCCUACAAUCCAAACCUCUCUUUGCCUGGCCAAGCCAGAUUCUAUUGUUUUCCAUUUUUUUUUAUUCACAAGUGCUUAAAGUAUUUGUAUUGUAAUGCCAUGAGCUUUGUUUACAGAGUUUUCUUCUGCUUGCAGUCUUCUGUUUGAAGAGGCUGAAGGCAUUUUUCGUGAUUGCAAGUUUUUUGUUUUGUUUUGUUUAUUUUAUUGAAAGAAAUUAAAGAUAUGCAGCAGUGAACUUCACCAGUUGUAUUUGUUGGAAAAACCCCAGAAUUAUUCUCAUCUGCAGAAGUGUUCCAUUAUUGAUGGAUGCAACUGCUAUAAAUGUUUACAUAAGAUAAUUGCAUUAAAUCAAUCAGCCAAUUAAUUUUAGUGGUCUCUAUGGCUCGCAUUUCAUAUCAGAUGAUAAACAAUUGUUGAGUCGCCGAUUGCUGAAAAGUCACUUACUUACUCAGUUAUGUUCUAGCUAACCAGUAACCAUAAGAACAAAGUCUUCUUCACUUUUCUUAGCAAAUGCAGCAUAAGGUUAGACGCUAAGUGGUCAAUGGCUGUUUUUAUUUCUCUCUUCAAAGCUAAGCCUCUGUGAAGUGUUUUUAAGCAAAGUUAACAUCUUUGCAAAAAGUUCCAAAUUUGAUUUACUUGUGCCAUCAACAACAAGUUUGAUUUUCAAGUUUUUUUUUUUUUUUACUAGCAGUUGAGAACAACUGUUGUUGUUUUAUUUACCUUGUUGUAACAGACAAUGUGUAUUUCUACUUCAUGCAUGGUGAAUUUUUGUAGAACACACAAAGGAAAAAAAAAAGAAAACUGAUAGUGAAAUAAUGAAUCUAAAAAAAAAGACCACAGUAUUUUAAAAAUAAAUGGGGUGAAUACUCCAAUACUAAAUUGACAAUUAUUUUCUAAGUUAUUCAUUAAUUUUUUUUGUUCUGUAAAUCUGAUAUGGACAUGAUUAAGUAUACUCAACAGAACACCAGCCAAAGCUACGGCAAGUGCUGGGUGUUAUUGAAAGCACUGCUUAAUGUUUGAUUAAGGGGUGAUUAUUGUGAGAGAAAAUUAGAUGCUAGGCACUCUUAGGGGGUAAAGGAUUAAACAGGUACGGAAGUUUGUCACAGGGUUAAAGUUGAUUUUUUUUCUUUUUUCUUUUACUUUAGGUACUGCUACUUGAUCAUCCAUGGAAAAAUAUACGAGAUACUGCCAAGUAUAAACCAUUCCAAAAACUAGUUAAGGUAAGAAAACUGUUCUUUGUGCUAAAUCCUUUCAAUGAAAAAUAAUUUAUUGUGGGUUUGUAAUUUGCACUAGAUAUAGUGUAUACAGUCAUCUUGAAUGACUGUUGUAUGGGUAUACUGAUUAAUUUUGCUUCAAACACUGUGAAACAGACAGUGUUCUCCUUUACCAGCUUAUGAAUGCCUAAAAUUGCUUGGAAUUCUUGUUAGUUCAACUGGUGAAAGGACUUUCCUAUCAGUUUGAAAAGUUAUUUUUUAAUCACCUGUUAUGCUUAAGAUAAGAAAGAACACAAAACAGAAACUUAUACGAUCAAUCUGGCAAAUCAGACUUAGGUUAAAUUUUAUUGGAGGUAUUGAGAACUUAAGAGUAAGCGCAAACAGCUUCAAGUGUGCAAAAAUGUUUAAUGAGCUGAGCUGGUUUUAAUUUGCAUCUGAUUGAUGCAGAGGAAAGAGGGAGUACUUGAAAACAAUACUCGAUUCAAAAUUUUAGGGUUUAAACUAACAGAUGUUACUUAAUUCUUAUUGGUGAGAAAUGAUCAGAAAGUUUCUGUGAUUCUGCAAUAGUUUGUAGUUUCUAUGGUUACUGCCUCCUUAUAGUAGGCAAAGCCACACUGUUAUCAGAUGAGUGAUGGUAAGUAACAAGAAAAGCUAAACCUCACCAGACUCUGACCCUCACCAGAGUACCUCGUAGUUAAAGAUUAUUGGGCUCAGUAUACACUAAAGAAAGAAGAGUGCAUUUGAAACAAAAUUACUUUACACCUAAGAACACCCAAGAUAAUAUUUUCUCUAUGGUUACCAUUUCAAUCAAUGAAUUAUGCCCUAUACAACUAAAGAUAUAAUGUUCAGUUCUUGUUGUGACACAGAACGAUCUUAAUGGAUGUAAUUGGUGCGUCAUGAAAACUAUGAGGAAGUUGUUUUUCUUUAACCCUUAACUCCCACGAGUGACCAAGACUGAAUUUCUCCUUACAAUAUCAAUACAAUAUCAACCAGAUGAGAGAAACUGUGAGGCUUCCAAGCAAGCCCCUCAAAAUUAUUAUUAUAUUACUAUUGUUAUCAUCAUUACUAUUGUUAAUAUGACCGCUUGGUGCCAUUCAAUAUUUUUUUAAUGUCAACUAGGUACUUUAUUUUUGAAUCAUCUUUCUUAUGUGGAACAGGGUACUCAGAAAUAUGUUAUGUAGCAGGUUUUCCAUUUUGCAUGUGAAUACAAAUACAAUCUCUAUUUCUGUUUAAUGCCAUACAAAUUGUGGUACUGUAUAUCAGUAGCCACAUGCAGUCUCAGACUGCCUAUUUUCAAAACUUAGCAACACAAUUAUAGUCAUUUACUAUUUGUAUCAUUUGUUUAUCUCUAGACUAAAACCCCUUCACUAAGAAAACUUGCUAAGCAGUUACUGAAUAUCAGCAUUCAAGAAGGAGAACAUUCUUCUGUAAGUAUUCUUGGUGUAAAUACUUUCUGUAGUAUAAGGAAGAGACUUGGUAUGAAAACGGAGCAGGGAAUUAGCCCUUUAACCCAAACGAGUGAUUGGCUUCCAAAAUCUCCUUGCAAUAUCACUCUUUAAUCACAUGUAAUGGUCAAGAGAAUAAUGCAAAUGAUCACCAAAUGAAGAAGCUCCUGAUUGUUCAACAAAUUCUUUUUGUUAAUAACACAAGAAAUGUAUAGAAAUCAGUGUGAAGAAUGUGGAUGCUAAUGUUAGGGUAUAGAGGGUUAUGGAGGUAAAGUUUUGUGGAAUCCAUUUUCUUGGAUUUGUUUUCUCUAACUGAUCAAGGAAUAACAGCCAAAUUAACUGGUUUUUAUUGAUUUUAGGCCAAUUUUGAACAAAAACACCUGAAAAAAAUUCACAAUCCUAUAUAUAUUUAUAUUUAUAUUUAUACCAGGUACAAGAUGCACAGGUAGCAAUGAAGCUCUACACUUUGCACAGAAAACAGUGGGAAAGACAAUUACAUGAAGCUAAAGUAAAGCCCUCUAAGAAAGCACUUGUAAAUACACCUGUCACCUUAAGUCAUGAUAGAUAACAUAGCUACAGGGUUUGCGAAACAGUAGUGCAUAAUAGGAUUGAUUGCAAAAUGGAAGACACAAUGUUACCAUGUAAAACGAAAAUCAUCAAGGUCAUUUUUCACUGGCAGAGGAGUUGUCUUGGAGAAUUUUUGUGUCAGAGAAUUUAAAGAGUUUUUCCCUGGCUUGGUUAUUUUCAUUGAGUAUUAGGCAUCAGAGACUGGUUUUUGGACACAGCAAGGUUUAACAAGAACCUCAGUUAUUCCACUUGGAGGAGCAAGUGUGAAUGAAGUAUUUCAAGUCUCCCAAAGAGAAGUUUAACUGUCCAUUUUACAAAAAGAUGGUCAAGCAAAGGCAACCAUAAACUAGGGCACCAUCAGCACUCAAAUUGAACCUCUAUUGUACCAACUAAAAUUGUUUAUACUUGAAAGAAGGAUUUAAUAUAAUUUUGAAAUAACAAUUCAUGAUAUUAUGCUAUACAAUACAGAACUACUGGUAAUGCGAUGGUAACAUAGCAAAGUUGAGUCUCAUUGUAUUGAUUUUGUACUGAAUAGUUUGCAGAGCAGCCCAAAUUCAACUCUUAAUUUACGCACAUGUAGGAAGGUGAAUUGGAACAGAAUUCUACUUAGAAUUUUUAAUUACAUUUAACUGUUUGGAAAUAUCAGGGUAAAGAACAAACGAGGAUGCUCUGAUACAAUUAUUUCCUUAAUAUUUAAUAGAGUUGCCUGAUUACAAUAUCAUGAUAAAAGAAAACAGCAAAAAGAAAAAAGGGGAGAAUGAUAAAAGGCAAUUACUUUGGAAAACAUAAUUUCCCUAGGGGCAGUGCUCACCCCUUAUGAGACAGUUGAUUAAGAAAAUCAAAAAAUGGAACAGGAGACAUUUGCAAGUCAGUUUGAAUUAUAUGGUUAUUAAUUAGGAGUUCAAGUUAAAAAAAUAAUCCUUACAGGUAAUCUACAAUAAAAGAAAUUACAGAAAAGAAUCCUUGAAAAAGUCAGGCUUGG